CGCCUCUCCACUCCAGUAGUGUAGUGGUCACGGUACAGUUGCCAUGGCGACCAACUCUCAGCUCACGCUUAUAGCAGACGUCGCCGCACUGCGAAUAGAAGAUUACAACUUAACAGAAUUGCAAGCAGACAUAGAUGGCAUCGUCAGACCAAGCCCAGAUCCCUCCAACAUCAAGAACGAAUUUAGAAAAGUUGCCGAGAAAGAACUGCACGAAACACCGGAAGCUCUUGCAGAAAAUAUUAGGAAACUUAGAAUAUUAGUGGAAGGUGUGGAAGGCCUACAUGCCAGAAUGGACGACAUAUUCCUUUCGGCAUUCCUGCGAGGAAGAAAACACAAUGUGGAAAAAGCGUUUCAGUGUGUAAAGCAGUAUUACGACUUCAAAGCCAAGUACCCAGACUACUACUCCUACUGUGUCCCGUCAGAGUGCAGCGUUGUGUAUGACUUGGGCCACUUCGCCAGUAUACCAGGGGAGGACCGCCUGGGCAGAAAAAUGUGUGGCCUAAUACCUGCCAAAAUAGACCUGGACAAGUCGCCACUGGAUGAGUCGUUCCGCAUGGGGACGACCAUCUUCGAGAUCAUGAUGGAGGACCCCACCCUCCAGGUGAUGGGGACCAUAGUCAUCAUAGACUUGGCUGAGCUCACCAUCAUGCAACAGGCUAGGCUCAUCUCACCCUCGCUAGCGUGGCACCUCACUAAUAUCAUACAGGACAAAAUCCCGCUGAGAGUGAAGGCAGUCCACGUCAUCAACCAACCCUUCUACUUCAAUGCGAUAUACGCUGUAUUUAGGCCUUUCUUAAAGAAGAAGCUCAGAAAGAGGAUAUUUCUACACGGUAGAGACAUGCAGUCGCUCCACAAGCACAUAGACCCCGUCUACUUACCUGUAGAGUGGGGUGGUUCCCGACCGACAUUUAACAACAGAGCAACUAGGACCUACGUUAGGAUGAACGAACACAAGUUUAAAGAAUGGAAGCAGUAUGGAUAUAAAAGCGAAGUCAACUAGACAUUCGUUUUAAAAGAGAAGAAACCUACGACUUUUAUAUGUUUAUAUUAUUACGUUAUUUGUAAAUAUAUUAUAUAUUUUA